ACCAAUAUUUUAUACAAAUUCUCAUUUAAUUUACUCCCAAAAUAAUACAGACAAAAGUCCAACUUCAGCUUGUCACAUAAUAAAAAAAAGUUUUAACAUCUUCUUAAAUAGGACACUGCCCGGUGUGUUACAGGGACGCCGAAUUCAUGAGCGACUACUACUGAAUAUAGUAGCAGGUCGUUUGCUUCCUAUCAUUACUGUAACUGUGGACGUAAAGCAAGCGUCGUGAAACUGAAGGUUUUCUGAAUGGAGUUUGGCGUGUGUUUCCGUGUGGCCCACUGAAGAAUGGACGUCAUGUGGAUCGAGGUUAGAUCCAGCUGUUGCACUUGCGCGCAUCGUUACCUUUAAGAUGCUGGAGGAUAAAGCCUUGAUUUAGCUAAACCCGACACCAUUUUAGCUAAGAGUUCGGUGCGUCUGCUGAGCGAGGUCCGGACGACCAGCCGUGUGCUCGCAGCGGUACCAGCGGACUCUCUCUCUCUCUCGAAGACGACGCGGGGAGAAAUAACGGCCGAGCUGAUUCCAUAAAUGUCGGAUUUCAUUAUUUGUCGGCCUACCGUGAAGAGGCGGCGGCGGCGGGGGCGAGAGGGACGGCACGAGACGAGCCGGGGUCCGCCAGGAGGGUGCAUACACAAAAUACUUUCCCUUUAAAGCAGAGAGGGACAGAGGGGGUGAAGAAGAGAUAAAAAAAGAAAAGGAAGAAAGACUGAGAGGGAGGGAGGGCGAGAGGGAGUGAGGAGAGGGGGUGAAAAAAAGAGAAAGAUGUCAUCCUGUCGAUUGAAACACCGAGGCGGAGCCAUGGACCGCGGCCGACCAGGAGCGCUCUAGUUAGGGGACGCGCGGUACGCAACGCCGAGGCUUGGAACCGACGCUGCGGCCUUCUUCUUUUUUUUUUUCUUUUUUUUUUUGUUGGAGCUAUCGCUAAAUAAAUGACUCCUGAACAGCUGCUGACUAUGAUUAGCACGUUUCGACUACAUCCUUCUCAUCUUCUGUAUACAAAUCCUCUCUAUUUUGCAUGCAAUUUCACCAGUUUUGAUUACAGUAGACAUAAGCAAAUGAUAUUAAAAACGCACCAUUAAAAGAAGCAAAGCAUGAUACCAACCAUUUUGUCGCAUUUACAAAAACCAUCUUGUCAGUGCCUGUUUACCGCCAACAGAUCGCCAUAUUAAUUCAUAACUAAUCCCUGAUAAGUGUUGGGUAGUUUAAGCUAAAUCUCGUCCGGUGUCAUCAUAUAUUUCCAUUAAUUACCCCGGGCAGGAGAGCUGCGGUACAGGCCUCACAUUGUGUUUUCAUAGCAGCCAGUUGGAGCUUUUCUUCCUCGGCUCCGUCGCCCUCCUCCUCCCGCCUCCUCCUCUUUGCUCCCCCGGCUGCUGAGCUCUCAGUCCCCGCAGAGUUCAGGAUGGACACCUCCUGGAGUAAUUUCCUCUUUCAGACGCCGUCGACUCAGAGCCAACCGGAGACGCCUCUUCAGUCUGAGCUGCUGCCCGAGCUGACCGGCACCGCUCAGACUCCUCCAGCCGAGCACAUCGUCACACCGCCGUCCACCGUCGACACCGCCGCCCUGAGCGAGGAGCCGCUGCCUGUCAAACCGCUCACCAAGCCGAGCCGGCCGGCCCACAUCUGCGCCACCUGCAACAAGGAGUUCAAGAACAGCUACAACCUGCGGCGGCACCAGUCAGUCCACACGGGCAUCAAGAUGAAGGACCGAGCCGCCCGAGAGAAGGAGGAAGCGGGGAAGGUGGCACGGGUGGAGAAGCAGAUGGUCCCCCUCUCCCUCCUCCACCUCACCCUGCCCACCCAGCCUCCCCCUCCCACCGCCGCCAUCCCUGACGCCCUCCCCCAGCCCGGCCAGCACGCCGACCAAGAGAGCCAGCCGGUCUCUGUGUCCAUCGCCCCGGCAACCGUAACCAUGGCUGCACCGCCUCAACCCAUCCAGGCAGCUGUUGUGGUCGUGGGCUCCAUGGAAACGAACCCCAACCCCAACCCCAACACCAACCAGGUGAGGAAGAACCACGCCUGCGAGGCCUGCGGGAAGGCCUUCAGAGACGUGUACCACCUGAACCGCCACCGUCUGUCCCACUCGGACGAGAAGCCGUACUCCUGCCCCAUCUGCCAGCAGCGCUUCAAGAGGAAAGACAGGAUGAGCUACCACGUGCGCUCGCACCAGGGCGGCGUGGAAAAACCGUACAUCUGUCCACACUGCGCCAAGGCCUUCUCCCGACCGGACCACCUCAACAGUCACGUCCGACAGGUCCACUCCACCGAGAGGCCGUUCAAGUGCACGACGUGCACAUCAGCGUUCGCCACGCGGGAUCGUCUCCGUGCCCACCUGAUCCGUCACGAGGAGAAGGUGCCGUGUCACAUCUGUGGGAAGCUGCUGUCCGCCGCUUACAUCACCGACCACAUGAGGGUCCACAACCAGUCGCAGCACCACGCCUGUCACCUCUGCAACCGCAGCUUCACCACGCUCACCUACCUGCGUGUCCACGCUCAGAAGCAUCAUGGUCAGGAGUGGAAGGAGAGCGGCGGGGCACGAGGGGGCUUCGGCGGGACGGGGGCCGGCGGCGUGCUGCUCUGCCAGCUGUGCGGGGUGCAGUGCAAGACGGCCACGCAGCUCCAGGGUCACAUGGGCACCCACGCCAACCAGGGCGACCCCACCCCCGACCAGACGAACGCCGGCCCCGUGGGCACCACCAGCGUGGCGGUCACUGUGUCCAGUGCGAGCACGGUGGGACUGCUGGUAACUGACUGCUCCAGUAUCGCCCCCCAGCCCCACAGCUAGCACGCUGGACGGGCGAGGGGGGGAGGCUGGGGAGGGACGGUGGGGCUGGGGGUGGAGGCGGGGGAGUUGGUUAAACGGAGGUGAAGGCAAAGGAGGAGGCGUGGAGGAGGACACAGAAGACAGCGUCCAAUCAGAUUUUUUUCUUACCUGACUGCCAACAGAGGACGCCCAGCGGGAGAAGCCGUCUGUCCUCCUCAGCACGGCGGCUGGAUUCAGGAGGACGGCGGCGUCCUCACACCUUCGUCUCCGGCUCACCUGCCACGAACACUGUACAUGUUUCUGUACGACGUCCUGCAGACGGGACGAGUCAAAGCCAGGGAAGAGACUGUGGAUCAGACAAUAAGGAAACCUCUGCUCAUCCAUUAAAAAGGAAGAUUAAUGUGUAUUUUUAUCCGUAUGGCUUUUUAGCGGUUAGCUGUUUGUAUUUGCCAUCAUGUCAUUGUUUUGAUUUCCAGCUGACCUGCACAGCCCGUCAUAAUUUUGUAAAGCCGUUGCUGUUUUUAGAUCAUUUAUAUUUCAUGAUAUCUGUGUUUGUUUCUAACGAGGAAGCUGAGCUGAAGACCUUCAGGAUCAAUUAUCUCAGUUUCUCCCCUAAUUUAUGACAAAACAGUCUCCAGUUUGCCUUUGUCAGACAGCUGACAGGGAUCAAGUGUUUCAGAUGGGCCAUCAUGUAAAUACACUUUUAUAAAGCUGAUAAAGGCAAACUACUAGAUGUUUGUGAAUAUUCUCCAUGAACAUUGAAUGUGCAUAACUUCUCUGCUUCAUAAGUUAUGAUCUUUGCUCUUAACGCUGGAUGCUGAUUUGUAAUUCUUGGACAGGUAAAUCGACAUGUGUACUUUGUAGCUACCUUGGUGACACAUUUCUGUGGCUGUGCAUAUUGAUUGUACUUGAUGCAUAGAGCGCCUCGUUACUACUGUAUUAAAAGGCAGUAAAAUGCA